GAAGUAGAACUCAGGUGUGAAAGAUGAGGGAAAUGCUGUCAGAUGAGGUGUAAAGUCCUUCACUGACUGUAAAUUUAGAAGCUGAACUCAGAAAUAUUGUUUUUUAUUUUUCACCUGAUUGUUGAAGGUAAUUCCAUGUUAGGUCUAAUGAUUAAAAAUGGAGAAAGUUGACGAGGGUCUACAAGGUACCUACUGUAUGCCAAGUACGGUGCUAGAAUGAAUCUGGAAAAGGCCCAAACUUUCCAAAUAAGGGUGCCAGUUAAGAAGUGAAAGAUUCUAAGGCUGUAGGAUUGUUGAGGUGAUCCAUCAGAGGAAGCACCAUUGCCCCCAGAGUCUGUUGGCCUAGCUUUGAUAUUGUACAUGACCUUCUGUUGGGAGAAUACAGGGGAGUGAUUUCAGAGCUAUGGUUAUUCAUUCAAUGUCUCUGCCAACCUCAGGAUAGGUGUUUAUAAGUUUUAUGAUUCUGCUGAAUGAGCUGCAAGGAGGUUAUUUGCUACUGCUGAAGAAUUGGAUAUUUAAUAAGGAGUAGAUAUUUCUAGGCUCUCAAAUAUCUGUGAGUGCUCCUUGGUGGUCAAACAGACACUUAUGGGCCAUAAUUGCUUUUUAAAAGCUUUCCCACCUGCCCUAUGAAGCUGCUAUGUGCUCUCCUGGGUGAGUGGCUUGGCCGUCAAAGGUGCCCCAGAGCCACUCAGGAUAAACCUGCCAUGUGCUUGUGUGGUUGGGCUCCAUAUCCAAUCCUGCAUGUCAGUCUUUUCAGGGAGGAGCCUGGGGCUUCAGGAGCAGGAGGUGAGAGGGAUGAAGAACUUAUUAUGAGCAAGACUCCCGGUGGGUAAAGGGAGAACAUAAAGUUUGUCCCCUUCCUCUUUCUUGACCCCAGAUUGGAGUGGGGAGGGGGGAUCAUUGGAAGGAAGGCUUUCCAAACCUUCUUGGCAGCCAGGAGUACUUUGCUCUUCACUUCUUUUCAGGACUGAGUGACAGAUAAACCCAAGAUGCCUCUUGCUUUUUGGGCAUCUUUGGUUCUGGGCAGCCAAAGGAAUGAGACAUUCAUUAUUUGGUGUUACUAAUUUUGUGUUAAGAAAACACCAUUGUCUUUUUGUAUAAAAUUAUCUGGGAGUAUUAAAUACUUGGAUUAUUUAGCAGGAAUGGGUAUUUCUGAGAUAUCUCACAUUUUGGGGUGCCAUCUUGUGUUCGGACCACUGAUUAAUUCAGAUUAAGCAAUGAAGUCCACUCCUUGUCUGGGCUGAUGCAAAUAACUGCAAGACUAAUAAUAGUAAAACAAUAAUAAUAUAUAAUUGUGAUUCUAAGCAUUUUAUGUGUAUUAAAUUAAUUACUGCAAUAACAUUUUGAAGUAGAAACUAUUGUUAUGCCCACUGUACAAAUAAGGAAAUGGAGGAGCAGAGAAUUUAAGUAAAUUGCCCAAAGUCACACAGCUAGUUGGUGGCAGAGUCAGUCUUUGAACCCAGGCAGAGAGGCUCCUAAACUCUUAAUGGCUAUUUUGUACAGUCAUGUAUGUAUGUGUGUCAGAUUCAGUCUUGCAAGAAGGAUAUUCUCAUCAUGUAUUUAAUUGUGUGUGCCCACAUAUACCUUUGAAAUCCAAGUCUCUCUAGAGUAUUUAAAAGUAAAUAGUGUGGUUUGCAAUUUGGGGCAGGGGAUGUGCAAAAUGGGAAAUAGGUGAAUUGGAUCUGGGAUAGAGCUUGGCACCUUGGAAUCGAGGAGUGAGUUAGCAAUCUAGGCUGGGUGGCCCUGGUGGGAAUUGCCUAAAGGGCCUGACACUGGCAUAUGCAGAAUGGGAGAUGCUGGGAGACCUAAGGGCCACAGGUGGGGGAGGGACAGCUGAAGCUGGGAGAAGAAAAUGGCAAUAGGGUCGAUGUUAGAAAGGGAAUGCUGGAGUAAGAGAGUUAAUACUCAGGAUGAGAGGCUUAGUUACAAUGCUUAAAGGCAAGACUACCGUAAAUUGCUUAUGAAAUAUACCUGCUUAUGUGUAUGUUUGUCUACCUAUCUCUUCAAAGAAGUUGAAUAAAGCUGCAAAUAAUGCUUACAUAGACUUUAGGGAAAAUUGCAUUAUAACAUUGUGCGGUUUCAUUCACUAAAAACUGACUUUUUUAGACCCAUUCAUGCUGUUUACCUUGUCCACGUCCACAGGGAUGUGAUUUUUUUUUUUUUUUUAACCUAAGAAAUAGCCUUCACCUAGUGUUUUGAAACUGUAACCUCAUUCCUUCUGAGUUGGAAACAUUCCAGUCUUUUCAGUGAUCAUUGCUAUGUUUGUGUAUGAACAAAAUCAAGACAAAAAAAGCAAGGAAAACCCUCAAUGCUUUGAAUAUGCGCUUAACCUGACUGGCACAAAAGUAGUCUAUAGGGCAGUCAUAGCUUAUUUCUUAAUGGAUUGUGUUUGCCUCCGAUGGAGUGAUGUUUGCUUCCGAGAGUGUGUGUGUGUCUGUGUGUGUGCUUCUGUGUCUCUGUGUGUGCAUGAUCAUUUUCUGUAUUCAGUCUGCGUCACUCCCACGGUAAUCAGUGUUUCUCAAUGACCUCUGAAGGUGAGGAGGGUUUCUUUGAUGGCUAAAGACCUACACUUCCCAGACAUUAAAUGUGCAUAAUGCCUUGAGGGCUUUAAUGCGGCCGCACGAAGCAUGCAUGUCUCAUACCCAAAGUAGCCACAGCGCCUGCAUUCCCACAAUAGCGGCAGCCCCGAGCAGAUGCUUCCAGUGUGCUUAUCUGGCUGUGCUUUUCACUUUGGGACAAAGUUCUAUAAUCAUAUCUCAUGGAUUUAUUUUCUCCACACUGUAAAGCCUGAAUUGUGAAGAUCUCAUCAUGCCAUAAAGGGCAGCAUGAGCCAAGUUCUGGGGGCUGCUAAGGAUUUCUUUGCCUUUUUUUCCCCACCCUUUCUGGAGAUGUGUAUCAGGAAAAGGCUUUGCCUUUAGAGAGAAAUUUUACUGCUCUUGCCAAUAAUGUGUAAGAGUAUUAAAUUUAAUGGCAGACCUUGAAGUAUAUAAAAACUUAAGUCCAGAAAAAGUUGAAAGAUGCAUGAGUGUGAUGCAGUCCGGGACACAGAUGAUCAAGCUGAAACGUGGAAGCAAAGGGCUUGUUCGCCUCUUUUACCUGGAUGAGCACCGGACGCGCCUCCGAUGGCGACCCUCCAGGAAGAGUGAGAAGGCGAAAAUACUUAUUGAUUCCAUUUACAAAGUGACUGAGGGCCGGCAGUCUGAAAUAUUCCACAGACAAGCUGAGGGGAACUUCGACCCCAGCUGCUGCUUCACCAUCUACCAUGGCAACCACAUGGAGUCCCUGGACCUCAUCACCUCCAACCCCGAGGAGGCCCGCACCUGGAUCACAGGCCUCAAGUACCUGAUGGCUGGCAUCAGUGAUGAAGACUCCCUUGCCAAAAGGCAGAGGACCCAUGACCAAUGGGUGAAGCAGACCUUUGAGGAGGCUGAUAAAAAUGGUGAUGGCUUGUUGAAUAUUGAAGAGAUACAUCAGCUGAUGCAUAAACUGAAUGUUAAUCUGCCCCGAAGAAAAGUCAGACAAAUGUUUCAGGAAGCUGACACAGAUGAGAAUCAGGGAACUUUGACAUUUGAAGAGUUCUGUGUUUUUUACAAAAUGAUGUCUUUGAGACGAGACCUUUAUUUGUUGCUUUUGAGCUACAGUGACAAGAAAGAUCACCUAACUGUAGAAGAACUGGCUCAAUUUUUGAAGGUGGAGCAAAAGAUGAAUAAUGUGACAACGGACUAUUGUCUUGACAUCAUAAAGAAGUUUGAAGUUUCAGAAGAAAAUAAGGUGAAAAAUGUUCUUGGCAUAGAAGGCUUCACAAACUUCAUGCGUAGUCCUGCCUGUGACAUAUUUAACCCAUUGCACCAUGAAGUGUACCAAGACAUGGAUCAGCCCCUCUGCAACUACUACAUUGCUUCCUCUCACAAUACAUACCUGACCGGGGACCAGCUCCUUUCUCAGUCCAAAGUGGAUAUGUAUGCACGGGUGCUGCAAGAGGGCUGUCGCUGCGUGGAAGUUGACUGUUGGGAUGGCCCGGAUGGAGAGCCAGUAGUACAUCAUGGUUACACUCUCACUUCAAAAAUUCUCUUCAGAGAUGUUGUGGAGACCAUCAACAAGCACGCCUUUGUGAAGAAUGAGUUUCCGGUUAUAUUGUCUAUUGAGAAUCACUGCAGUAUCCAGCAGCAAAGGAAGAUUGCUCAGUACCUGAAAGGAAUAUUCCGAGAUAAACUGGACCUGUCAUCUGUUGAUACAGGGGAGUGCAAGCAGCUUCCAAGCCCUCAAAGUUUGAAAGGCAAAAUUCUAGUGAAGGGUAAGAAGUUGCCUUAUCAUCUUGGGGAUGAUGCAGAGGAAGGGGAAGUUUCCGAUGAGGACAGUGCAGAUGAAAUUGAAGACGAGUGCAAAUUCAAGCUCCAUUAUAAUAAUGGGACCACUGAGCAUCAGGUGGAAUCUUUCAUAAGGAAAAAGCUGGAGUCACUGUUAAAAGAAUCUCAAAUUCGAGAUAAAGAAGAUCCUGAUAGUUUCACAGUGAGGGCACUAUUGAAGGCCACGCAUGAAGGCUUAAAUGCACACCUGAAGCAGAGUCCAGAUGUAAAGGAAAGUGGAAAGAAAUCACAUGGACGAUCGCUCAUGACCAACUUCGGAAAACAUAAGAAAACUACAAAAUCACGGUCUAAAUCUUACAGUACUGAUGAUGAGGAAGACACACAGCAGAAUACUGUCAAGGAGGGUGGACAGCUGUACAGAUUGGGUCGCCGAAGGAAAACCAUGAAGCUCUGCCGAGAACUCUCUGAUUUGGUUGUGUACACAAACUCCGUGGCCGCUCAGGACAUUGUGGAUGACGGAACCACAGGAAAUGUUUUAUCAUUCAGUGAAACAAGAGCACAUCAGGUUGUUCAGCAAAAAUCAGAGCAGUUCAUGAUUUAUAAUCAAAAGCAACUCACGAGGAUUUACCCCUCUGCCUACCGCAUUGAUUCCAGUAACUUCAACCCGCUCCCCUACUGGAACGCAGGCUGCCAGCUAGUGGCACUGAAUUAUCAAUCCGAAGGACGAAUGAUGCAGUUAAACCGAGCCAAAUUCAAGACAAAUGGCAACUGUGGCUACGUCCUCAAACCCCAGCAAAUGUGCAAAGGUACUUUCAACCCUUUCUCUGGUGACCCUCUUCCUGCCAACCCCAAAAAGCAGCUCAUCCUAAAAGUUAUCAGUGGACAGCAACUCCCCAAACCUCCAGACUCCAUGUUUGGAGAUCGAGGCGAGAUCAUUGACCCUUUUGUUGAAGUUGAAAUUAUUGGAUUGCCGGUAGAUUGUUGUAAAGAUCAAACCCGUGUGGUAGAUGACAAUGGAUUUAACCCUGUGUGGGAAGAAACGCUGACAUUUACAGUACACAUGCCAGAAAUAGCUUUGGUUCGGUUCCUCGUGUGGGAUCAUGAUCCCAUUGGACGAGACUUUGUUGGGCAAAGAACCGUGACCUUCAGCAGCUUAGUGCCUGGCUACCGGCAUGUCUAUUUGGAAGGACUGACAGAAGCAUCCAUAUUUGUACACAUAACCAUCAAUGAAAUCUAUGGAAAGUGGAGCCCUUUAAUACUCAAUCCCAGUUAUACUAUAUUGCACUUUCUAGGAGCUACAAAGAAUAGACAACUCCAGGGUCUGAAGGGACUGUUCAAUAAGAAUCCUAGGCACAGUUCUGCAGAAAACAAUUCCCAUUAUGUACGGAAACGAUCGAUUGGAGAUAGAAUUCUGCGACGCACAGCCAGCGCCCCCGCCAAAGGCAGGAAAAAGAGCAAAAUGGGCUUCCAAGAAAUGGUGGAGAUAAAGGAUUCAGUGUCCGAGGCCACAAGAGACCAAGAUGGCGUGCUGAGGAGGACCACACGCAGUUUGCAAGCACGUCCUGUCUCUAUGCCUGUUGACAGAAACCUUCUGGGAGCUUUGUCGCUGCCUGUAUCUGAAACAGCAAAAGACAAUGAAGGAAAAGAAAACUCUCUGGCAGAAGAUAAAGAUGGCAGAAGAAAAGGGAAAGCAAGUAUAAAAGAUCCACAUUUUCUAAAUUUCAACAAAAAGUUAUCGUCCUCCUCCAGUGCUCUUCUCCACAAAGAUAUCAUCCAAGGGGACGCCAUUGUAUCUACUGCCCACAUGUCAGUCACAGGAGAACAGCUGGGCGUGUCAAGUCCUAGGGGUGGGAGAACCACAUCAAAUGCCACAAGUCAUUGCCAGGAAAACCCCUGUCCCAGCAAGUCUCUCUCCCCAAGGCAGCAUUUGGCUCCUGAUCCUGUAGUUAACCCCACACAAGAUCUACAUGGUGUGAAAAUCAAGGAAAAGGGGAAUGCUGAGGGCUUUGUAGAAGGGAAAAGCAUCUUGUCAGGAAGUAUCCUUUCUCAUAGCAACCUAGAAAUUAAGGACUUGGAAGGUAAUAGGGGUAAGGGCCGAGCUGCAACAUCCUUUUCUUUGUCAGAUGUCUCCAUGCUGUGUUCUGACAUACCUGACCUACAUUCAACUGCAAUUCUGCAGGAGAGUGAAAUUUCCCAUCUUAUUGACAAUGUCACUUUAACAAAUGAGAAUGAGCCAGGCAGUUCCAUCUCAGCCCUGAUUGGCCAGUUUGAUGAGACCAAUGAUCAGGCUCUCACAGUUGUUUCUCAUCUUCAUAAUACCAGUGUGAUGUCAGGCCAUUGUCCCUUGCCUAGCGUGGGCCUAAAAAUGCCCAUCAAGCAUGGUUUUUCCAAGGGAAAAUCCAAGUCUUCCUUCCUGUGCUCAUCUCCGGAGCUGAUAGCACUCUCGAGUCCUGAGACCACCAAACAUGCAAUGAACACAGUUUAUGAAACUACCUGCACUCCCAUCUCUAAAACCAAACCAGAUGAUGACCUUUCUAGUAAGGCCAAGACAGGGGCUGUAGAAAGCAACCUUCCUGGGUCCCCUAAUACUUCUCAUGACUGGUUACCAAAAAGUCCUACCAAGGGAGAAGACUGGGAAACACUGAAGAGCUGCAGCCCUGCCUCUUCCCCUGAUUUGACCCUGGAGGAUGUAAUAGCUGAUCCCACUCUCUGUUUCAAUUCUGGGGAGAGCAGCCUUGUGGAAAUUGAUGGAGAAUCAGAAAAUCUUUCUCUAACAACCUGUGAACAUAGGAGAGAGAGCACAAGUCAACUUGCUUCUCCUUUAAAACUCAAGUAUAGUCAGGGUGUGGUAGAACACUUUCAAAGAGGUUUGAGAAAUGGCUACUGUAAAGAGACCUACCACCCUUCUGUCCCUGAAAUAUUCAACAGUAUUCAGGAUGUCAAAACUCAAAGUAUUUCUUAUCUAGCCUAUCAGGGUGCUGGCUUUGUGCAUAACCAUUUCUCAGAUUCAGAUGCAAAAAUGUUCCAGACCUGUGUGCCCCAGCAGUCUAGUGCUCAAGAUAUGCAUGUUCCUGUACCCAAGCAGUUGGCACAUCUUCCUUUGCCUGCUCUGAAAUUGCCCAGUCCUUGCAAAUCCAAAAGUCUGGGGGACUUAACAUCAGAGGACAUUGCCUGCAAUUUUGAGAGCAAGUACCAGUGUAUUAGUAAGAGUUUUAUUACAACUGGCAUUAAAGACAAGAAGGGUGUGACUGUGAAGAAAAAGUCAUUAGAGCCUAUAGAUGCCCUGACCGAGCAGCUUCGGAAGCUUGUGUCCUUUGACCAGGAAGACAGCUGCCAAGUAAUAUAUUCAAAGCAGGAUGCCAAUCAGCUCCCCCGGGCACUAGUCAGGAAGUUGUCAUCCAGAAGUCAGAGCAGAGUGCGCAAUAUUGCUAGCCGUGCCAAGGAGAAACAGGAAGCCAACAAGCAGAAAGUUCCAAACCCCAGCAAUGGGGCAGGCGUGGUUCUUAGAAACAAACCCUCAGCACCCACCCCUGCAGUGAAUCGCCACUCCACCGGCUCCUACAUCGCAGGCUACCUGAAGAACACGAAAGGGGGUGGCCUUGAAGGCCGGGGCAUCCCGGAGGGGGCAUGCACAGCUCUUCACUAUGGCCAUGUUGACCAGUUGUGUUCAGAUAAUUCUGUUUUGCAGACUGAGCCAAGCAGUGAUGAUAAACCAGAAAUUUAUUUUCUUUUGAGACUGUGAAUUAUAUAAAACUGCAUUCUUAAGGUUUACAAGGUAUUCCAUAGAAUGUCGGAGUUUUCAGUAAAUAAGUUCCUUGGCUUUGGAAUGAUUUUCAAAUGUAUUUUUAAACUUGUAUUUGGGUCUCCUUUUGACUUCAUGUGUUCUCCCUGUUAAUGCGUUUGUAUAUAGAUUUAGUGAUGUUUCCCAUGUACCUAUUAUGAUCUUUCUCCCUUGAGGUGUUGUAAACUAUUAUCAGUAUAAAAUAUGUGCAUGCCCUAGAUGUGAAACUCCUCAGCAGCUCGGGUUAUAAUGUGUGUGUGUUUCACCAAGAUGUCCUUUACUGUGUCCUCAGAUUGCGUCACAAAUGUAGUCAUUUUUACUCUCUAACUGUUGAGUUGAUUAAGAGACUUUGCAAAUGACAAAGGGAUGAAUUCCUUACUUUAAUCUGUUAUCAUUUUUCCUAUGUUUCCCUCUUUGUUGAGAAGCCCAGAUGCAUUUUUAUAACUCAGUUUUAAAAACUUUAAAAUAGUUACCUUGCCUUUUAGGAUGUUCUUAUCCCACCCAUAAAGAGAGUUUAAAGGGGAUGGAUAGCUGCUCCCCAUGCCCUCCCCACUUUUUGGAAUAGGCUCUGAGGGUGUGAGGAAGAAGGCCGUCUUUUGUAUAUAAGGACAAAAUUGUUUGUUUUACAUAAAUUUUGUUACAUAUUUUUGCUAAUGGCUUUGUAUGUAACAAGAAGCCAGUUGCCAAACUACUUGUACUUUUGAAUUUUCUGAUUGAAUGACAGACUGCGAACAAUGGCUUUCAGAAUGAGGGACUUCCAUCAGACGCUAAUGAUAAUAGUAGCACAAACUGAAAACUUCCCCAAAGCUUUCAAAGAAUAUUUUCUCAUAAUAAAAUCCGAGUGAAUAGAUAAUUAGAAGAAACCUUUUUCCUUCAGGGAACCAAGCAACUCUAUUUUAGUACUGACAUGCAUUAUUUUCACUGUGAAUUCACUUUUUUAUUGCAUGUUCAGAUGUCCCUCUUUGUUUUUUUUUUUGUAACAUUAACUGCAAUGAUGUUCUUCUUGGAAUUCAUGAAAA